UAUUUCCUCACAGGAAUAUAAAUCUGCAGUCUUCCAAUACAUAUUAACACGCAGUGUGUUUGUGUGUCACACAGAUAAGGGUGAACGCCAAGCUCAGUCAUUUCAUCUCAGAAAAAUGGCGUCUUGUGAACAAAAUGAGGGAAAAUAGCUUCAGUGUACUUGCGAGGCAGCAGCAGCUGUGCGACCGAAUCCAGACUCUGGCUCAUCAAAGUAGCUGAAGAACACGCAGCAUCUGCUCUGUGGCCCAUCAACUCAAUACAACAGACAAUAGACAGGGAAAUAUAUGAGGAGAAAAGAGGCGAGGGGAGGAGGUGCUCCUGGCUGCUGUGUCUCCUCUUUUUCUCCCCUCAUUCCUCCGAGUCUACAGGCUCGUCAAGCAGAGAAAUAAACAGAAUCGAGCGCUGAGGAGAGAGGACGGUCCUCCAACCCUCCCUUUCUCCCCCUCUCGUUCUCUCUCUCUCGCGCGCUAUCUGUCCAUCUUCAUCCAGCCUGCUCUUUUCAUGGAGAGGAAUUAUCCCACAGCAGGAUUUGGAGACCUAGGGGCAGGGACGGGAUGGAGUUACGACAGAUCGGCAAAAGCAAGCCUUUUAUAUGGGAGCUCCAGGUCAUCCCACCCAGACUCAGAACUUCUACACCACCAAACCUACGGUCCCCCUCACUCCCUCAGAGCCUAUGCAACCAACCACCACCCUGGAAGUUCCAGGCAGGGUGGAGCCUGGGGUCCUCCUGGACGGACAAUAGGUCUUUCUGGGCUGUUUGACACCAGCCUACACCAUGCCAGCACCUCUGGUCCUGAUCCUGCUGUCAUUAAUCUGAUCUCAGCACUAGAGUCCCGGGGUCCACAAGCUACACCCUCUUCUUCCUCUCUUCUCUCUCAUUUUCGGACACCCUCUUGGCAGCCCACAAUGCAUACACCAGGCCCUGCGGAGCUCUUUAUUUCUGGGGCCAUUCCAGGUUCUGGAUCCUUUCAUUCUUCUUCAUCCCUUUCCGCUUAUCAACAUCCUGGCUCCUUCCCUGGACGAUCAUUCACUCCUUCUCUAUCCUUGCAGGAUGCCCCUACAUAUAACCCAACAUCUAAUGGAUUGUUAUCUCCCCAUAAUUCUCCUCUGCACAUUAAAACCCCCUCCCAGUCCAGUUUGGGCUUUGAUCGCUUGCUUUCUUCUCAAAAUCCCACAUAUAGGGGGUCGCAGGAGUCCCCGGCUCCUCAGAACCAAAUUUCAUCCGACGAUUCUAAUUGCCACUUACCUCCUGCCCAGUUCAACCUGUUGUUCUCUCAACUUCACAAUCGGCAUUCUCAGUUAUGCACUUCAUCCCUGUUCUCUUCUUCUCCUGCCCUGCUGGGGGCAGCAGUUCCUCAGCCACAGUCUGCUCCAGAGAGGGUAGUUUCUCGGCAAGACAGUGUGAUCAAACAUUACCAGCGUUCACCUCCAGCUCAGUCUACAGCUCUACACCAAUAUACUAGUUGUGGUGGGUCAUCUAGAUACCAACAGUUAGUCAGUCAGCAUCAGAAUGCUGGAAUGCCCUGUAGUCCCCUGGAUGAACAAAGUUCGUCUAUUGAUCCUAAGCCAUCACCUCAGAUGGAACCUCAGUCAUAUCAACCGACUAUCCAAACUCCCUACACAACCUCACCAUCUAGUUCGUCUGUAUCCUCUUCAUCUGCCACAAAGGGACCCAUUGGUUCCAGUUCCAAAAGUGGGUAUUCCACUUCAGGUUCUUUGUCUUCCACUCAAACUGCACACAGUCCACCAUCAGCAUCCUCUUCUAGAUCCAAGGCAAACAGCAUUUCCUUGCCCACACGCUCUCGUCAGCAGCAUGGUCCUCAGCUAGCCCCAGCACCACCUCUACUGCCAGUGGUGUCAUCUUCCCUUGUUCAACAACCUGGUCUUAAACAAUGCCUAACCAGCUAUGGCUCUCAAUCUCUGGUGAAAUCUAGCACUGUCAUGCCAAACCAGACCUCUCCAUCUCCCCAUGACGAAUCUUACUCACCCACCCAAGUGCCAUCUGCACACAUGGCCCAGAGCUUUGGAGGAUAUAGCUCACCUCAUUCCGAGGAUUUACGUUCUGGGGAAGUAGUCACUGGAGGAAAGGCUUUCACCAGUAUAGGUUCUGGAGGACACUCUUUUGCUGCAGAAAUAGACUUUGGUGAUUCCAAUUAUGGCUCUGCUUCUCUCAGGAGGGCAAGCAGUCCUUUGGAAUAUGGGAAUGAAUCAUCAAGGAUGGGACCUUUAUCAGAAGCAGCUACACAAAUGGGUGGAAUUGAAACUAUAGGGUCAGGGAGUGCUACUCCUGCUGUUGGUAAUGAAAGUAACAGCUCCUAUCAUCUGCCUGAGUCAAGUACAUCACCUGUUAUCAUUUCUACUCUCAGUCACUCUACUUUACAUUCCCCUGCUGCUGAUUGUCCCUCACCAACCCCUGGUAGCUCAGGAGGGACUAAAUACUUGUCUUCUAUCUUGUCUCCUGCUUUUAUGUCCUCAACAGAAAGUUUCCCCAAUAUACAAAAAACUCAAAGCGACACCUAUCACUCAACACCAACCAAACCAAAUCUUGAUUCAAAAUUAUUGGCAGCUGAUCGAUCUCGAGUUGAAGCAGAAGAAACUGAAGAUUUCUUGUUCCAACGUUUACUACAGACACAAAGAGCAACACCUCAUCGUUCCCAGCAUCAUUCACAUUCUCAACAGUUAUCCCAAUGUAUUUCACAGGCUAGAGAUAGUGAAAGGAAGGGGAUGAGCUUUGAUAUCAACAAGCUCUCAAAUGAGCGGCACCAUUCUCAGAGUGUCAUUCGUACCAAUAACGGUACCAACCACUCUGGUGCAGAGUCAAUGAUUACUGAAACAGCAAAUGACCUAAACAGACAGAAAAAACAGCAGACCACAUCAGAGUUGACUGUAUCAAAGUGCCCUGCUGGAGAAGUACAAGGAGUUUCAGAUUCUCUGUCUUGCUCCCUUACUAUCCAGAGCAAUCAACAGCAACAUGAGUCUUUGGAGUCUGUAGUACAAUAUGGAAAAGGGGACCCCUAUACUCAACACCCACACCACCAACAUUCCUAUCAUUUACAUGUGUCCCCAUAUUCUCAGCAGCACACUCAACACUCCCAUCAAAUUACCCAGCAAUCCCGGCACAACCAACUUACUCAGCACUCUCAACAUUCUCAGCAUUGCCAGGCCAAUUCCCAUACUCAGAACAAUCCACGUACUGAUCAAAAAAAGCCUUCAAGUACAAAUGAUAAUGCCUAUCUAUGUAAUACACCUGACUUGCUUCAGGCUCGCCAAAGUCAGGCCCCCAUUUCUUUGACAAAUCCACCAGACCCCUCUCAGUCAACACAUGUGAUGCAGUCUGCACAUUCUCAUACUCCCUGCACUAAAAUGGACCUUCAGCACGUACUCACCCAACAGCAACAGCAACCACAUAACCCUUUGAGUCAGCCAGGUAUGAUUGGUAUAAUUGGUGAAGCGAGGGUUGCUGGGGUGGAAUCCGAUUCACAGAACCUUUCUCCUCAGUUGCCACUUCCACUGCAGAACCAAGGCAUAGAUUCCCACUACAGACUUGCUACUCAAGCAAGAAAUCAGCUUCAAACAAGUCAGAAUUCAAUACCUCAUCUGGAAAUGCUAGACCAAUCUCUUUCCCAGGCCAAUAACAUUGACACUAAUGAACCACUCGACGGAAUUGAACUUGGUAUGACUGUUCCAGUAAUCGAGGGAGGUGGUGGAGAAAGGUAUACACACCAGCACAGACUUGCACCUCAGCAUCAUUCUCAACAAAAGCACCCAGAUCUCCAUAAUCUUCUUGCUGAACCAGAUUUAGGUUUAUCCACAUCUUCACACCUUCACCACCUCAACCUGCCACUUGCCCACACCCGCUCUCAUGCUCUCCGAGGACAACAAGCACACAUUCACCAGCAGGUAUCACAUGAACAGUUAGGUCAUCUGCAACCCCAUGGAAUGUCAGCAAACAUGGCUCCUCCUCACCAUCCACAGCAAGCUCAACAAAGACAGCAUGAAGCACAACUUCCACACUCCCGGUUAGACCAGCUCAAACAGCACCAGUUUGGCACAAUUACCCCAGCAAAUAAAGUUGGACUGGAUCAAACUCAGCAACAACGGUUUCCACCUCUAUCAUCCAUCUGCUUUCCAGACUCACUCUUACAAGAUGAGGAUCGCUCAUUCUUUCCUGAGGUGGCGAAUAUGUUUUGUUCAUCUGAAUUUAAGUCAAAUUGUGCUGGAGAUUCUGGGGCAGGACAGGCUAUUCAAGAAACUCUUAAUCAGAGUUGUGGGCAAUCACAGGAAGAUGUAGAAGGCCUAAAGGUUGGAGGUGCUGGAGAGGGAUAUGGUCUGGGUAACCAUCACACUGAUCAAGUUUAUGAACAGUACUGUCACACCCUUCCAGGAACAGGUAAUGGCAAUCUGCAUUUAGACCUUGACUCUGUAAAGACCCAUGAGCUUCCUUCUACUGUGAAUACUGACCAGCUUGGCCUCAUCCAGUCUCGGAAUCACUCUAUAGCACUGAGUUCAGCAGCCCAAGGUGAUAUGUCUGCUAACAAAAUAAUGGGAGCUGUGGUUGGAAGUGCCAGCACUGCUGGUUUGACUUCACCUAUCUUUUGUUCUUCUAGACCCAAAAAACUACUGAAGACUAGCUCUUUUCACUUGCUAAAACAGCGACGUGAUCCUCAGCCCAAAACAAAGAAAAACUAUCCUCAAGAGUAUGAAUUUGAAGAUGAUGAAGAUAAAGCCGAUGCUCCGGCAGAUAUUCGUCUCAACACCCGACGACUUCCAGACCUGUUGCCAGAUUUGGUAUCAAGUUGUAGGAGGGCUACAGGGCUCAGUCCAAUGACGAGUGAUGUCGACUUCUGCCACCCUACUACCUACACUCUAAUUGGGCACAAUUCACACAUUCUAUCUGAUGGCCCUAAGAAAAGGGGCAGGAAACCAACCAAGCCAAAACGUGAAGGCCCUCCUCGGCCACGAGGCAGACCACGUAUUCGCCCUCUUCCAGAACCUCCUUACUGCAGGGGUUUGAUGGGCUUAGCUACUGGAGAAACAAGGAGAGGACGUGGGCGAGGUAGGGGACGUGGUAGACGAGAGGAAGGAUUGGUGAAAACUCACAGAAACAUGAACAAAGCACAAAACCUUCCAUGUCAUCAUCAGCAACAACACCACCAACAACAGUACAGCCAACGGAAUCACGUCCAACAUCCACAACAAUAUUACAGCCAACAGGCUGACCUUCGUCAAGCUCCACACAAACAUGUGGAGCAUCACCCCCAUCUUCAGCAGGAAGUGUCCUAUUCCCACCAACUGCACCACCAUCAAGUUUAUCAAGAAAGACAGCAGCAUACACCCCAGCAAGACUUAGAUAAAGCGAUCAAGAUGAAACAACUUCCCUCCACCAUGCCACCAUCAGAGUCCUUGCUGAAGACAGACUCUCUGUCCAGUUGGGAGCAGGUUCUGUCUGAUGGAUCAGUGGGGUUGGCACCAUCUCUGGGUAUGAGUCCUGGACCAAGCAGCAUCAUGGACAUUGGAAGAAAUGACCAUGAUGAGACACAAGACAAUGUGAUGAAGCAGCAGCACAGAGCAGGAGAGGUGAUGGUGUGUAGCUGGAAAAAUGAAAUGGACCAUCCACUGAAUCCUGAAUCCUGGGCUGAUCUGCAGAAAUUCACCAAUUCAGCUGAUGAUAAAGACUUGGACUUCAAACCUGGAUUCAUGGCGUCUUUUCUGGAUUUCCUAAAGACAGGCAAGAAAGAGUCUGACCUGGUGCUGGAACAAGAUGAAGUUGAGCAGGAAGUCCUGGAUGCCAGUUUCUCUCUGAAGGGAGGAAUCAGGCCUCUGUCCUCAUCUCCUCCUUCCCUAAUUCCACCUUCUCCCCAGCCACCUCCUAAAGACUUCAGCCGGGACAGGCAGAGUGAGGAGGGGACUGAGCUGGUGCUCACUGGCUGCCCAAGUCCCUGCAAGCCUCUGGACGAGGAGCUGAAGCGGAACCUGGAGACGCUGCCGUCUUUUUCCUCAGACGAAGAGGACUCUGUGAGCAAAAACCAGGAUCUGCAGAAGAGCAUCUCGUCUGCUAUCUCGGCCCUCUAUGAUACCCCACACUCACUGGCUGCAGUGAUGGCCUCUGCCAUAAUCAAGACCCAGCCUACCCUCUCCCCACUAAUGCCUCAGGGGGCGUCUGUGAGCCCUCCCCUACCUGCUGGGCCUCCUGUUGUCCCCACUGUAGAGAACAUAGAAGAGGAGACGCUGGCAUACGGUCAGCAGGAGAUACCAGGGGAUGAGGAUCAGAGGGUUAGCUCUACAUGGGUAAACAGACUAAAAACAGAGGAGAAAGAUGCACAGACAUGGGUAGAAGAAGAGAGAGAAGAGGAGGAGAGAGGGGAUGAGUCUGGGAAUAAUGAGGAAGUAAGAAAAGAAUCUAAGAAUCUGGAGAGUCAAGAAAUGGAGGUGGAGGAAAAACCGACUGAUGAUCUGGAGGCUUGUAACACUGAAGAUCCUCCACCAGAACCUUUUCUUGCCCCAGUACGUUCAUCUCAACCCCCUUCUGCCCGGCGUUCACCGCUCACCUACUCCUCACCCUCGCCCUCACCCCUCCACACUUUGAGUUUGUCUGUCCCCUCAUUGCUGCCCAUCCAGCAGGGCGAGGACAAGGCAUGCCCAGUGCUCCUGUCUUUGGAGUCUCAGCCUCAGCCGCCGUCCUAUCAUCAGGCUUCCACCUCCCCACCUCCUUCCACCUCUCCCCCGGCUAUCCAAUCAUCCCCCCUCUCCAGCCUUCCCCAGUCCAUUCCCCCUCCUUCCACCACGCCCCCCCCUUCGUCCUCCGAUCAGGACCAGGAAUAUGAAGCCAGCGAACCUUCUCCUUCUUCAAAGUCUGCCUCCUCACCCUCCCCAUCAUCCUCUGAGCCUCCGUCACCCCUGACUCCAGAGGAGACCCAGGCGACGCAGCGCCUCACCUCUCUGCACCUGGCAAAGAAGCAGGCUGAUGCUGCCAUUGCUGGGGAAAGUGAAGAGGAGGACAGUGGGAGUGGAGGAGAGGGAAUCUUUCGGGAGCGAGACGAAUUUGUGGUUCGAACCGAAGACAUUGGUACUCUUAAGAUGGCUUUGCAGACAGGCCGAGAACCUCCACCCAUUUGGAGAGUCCAGAAAGCUUUGCUCCAGAAAUUCAGCCCAGAGAUUAAAGAUGGCCAAAGACAGUUCUGUGCAACCAGCAAUUAUCUGGGCUACUUUGGGGAUGCCAAAAUGUGCUACCAGCGUCUGUACGUGAAGUUCCUGGAGAACGUCAACAAGAAGGACUACGUCCGGGUCUGUUCUCGCAAGCCUUGGCACCGAGCUGGCCUGGCCCUGAGAAGGCAGUCUCUGACUAAACAGGUGCAGAGCAAUCAGAGUCAGAACCAGUCCCGAGUGGAGAGAGAUGACAGAGACAAGGAGAGACAGAAAGAAAAAGAGAUGCAGGAGCAGAGAGCCAGAGAAAAGGAACGAGAGAGAGAACAGAGAGAGAAAAUAGAAAGGGAGCUCAAAGAGAGAGAGAGAAGAGAGAAGGAGAAACAGAAGAGGGAGCAUAAAGAGAAAGAAAAAAUAAUGAGAGAAAGAGAAGAAAGAGAGCGAAAACAGAGGGAGUUCAGAGGAAUGGAGGAAGAGAUAGAGAGGAUGAAUAAGCAGAAAGGGAGAGAGGAGAGAGAAAGAGAGGGAAAUAACAGUGAAAGAGAGCAGAUGGAGAAGAGGAAUAGGGAGAAGAGAGAGGAGAAACAGGAACAAAAGUUCAAAGAAAGACUGAGACAAGAAAAAGAACAGAAGGAGGAAGAAGAGAAAGGAGAAAGGAGGGAAAUCCUCAAACAGCAGAAAGAAAUGAGAGAAAAGCAGAGUGAGCAGAAAGGAAGGGAAAGAAAAGAUGUUGAGAAAGAAGAGAGACAAGGAAGAGAUAGCAGCUUGGACAUUUUAAGAGUGAAAGAAGAGAAGAGAGGAGAAGGAGAGAAAAGCAAGAUUUCUAAAGACAGAGCCGAGCCUCCACCAAAGAAGAGGAAGAAGUGGCUGAAGGAGGUACUGUCCUCAUCCUCUGAGUCUGACUCCUCCCGGCCCAGUGACGAUGAAGGCCCGGUGUGGGGAGGCGUCAGCAGCCGGGCCAUGAGGGAGAUGUUCAAGAGCUACGUGGAGAUGCUGGUGAGCACAGCACUGGACCCUGAUAUGAUCCAGGCUCUGGAGGACACUGAUGAUGAGCUGUACCUCCCUCCAAUGAGGAAGAUUGACAGCUUGCUGAGUGAACAGAAGAAGAGGCUGUUGAGAAGAAUCAAUAUGAGUGUUCAGCAUCAGGAGGUUUUGCAUAUGUACCCUAAAAUGACAGCAGACCCUCUGGAGUCUGGAGCUGUCAGAGUUCAUCUGGAUGGUGAAGGUUACAGUCGUAAGACCCUCAAUUGUGUCAAGAAGAGUGUUCCUAAGCAACAGGAUAUAAAGCUUUCAAUCGAAUCUUGUCGAUUAUACAGUCUAUAUCAUUCUCUCCACCACUACAAGUAUCACACCUUCCUGCACUGCAAGAAAGAGACAGAUAAUAUCGAGGAGGCAGCUGAGGACCCUGGUCAGGAGGAGGUGGUGCAACAGUGCAUGGCCAACCAGGCCUGGCUGGAGAAGCUUUUUAACUCCUUCGUUGAACUGCUUACCCUUAGCACCAAGGCAUGAAGAUCAGAGCCUCAGUCUUAGCCUCUGAACUCCUGCACACGCACGCACACACACACGCACACACACACACGCCCACACACACAGUAUCAAAUAGCUGAAGAUAUCUGGAGUCAGUAACGUGAAUGAAUCUCACUAUACAAACAGAGCAGCUGGUGUCAGUUUGUUGUAAAGUCCAUCUUAAAGUAACUCUUGAGUUCAAAGUUUGUAUUGACAAAUAGAAGAUAAUGAAUUCUGUGGAUAUGGUGGAUUUUCCCCAAAAUUCUAUUGAUGGAAGUCACGUGGGCAGCGUGAUGAGAGACACUGUUUGUAAGGACAUGUUAAUAACUGUGGUUUGUAUAAUUUAUACAGUGACAUUUUUAAAAUGACCACCCCGAGCUGUGGGUUGUUUGUUGUUAUUUUUUGAAGAAUAUUUUCAAAGGAUGUACAUAAAUGAGUCACCCUGCUUUAUUGUACCGUUCAACCCGCAGUGUUCAAACUGGGGAUGUAUGAGGUAAAAUGAGGUCUUAGUGCACUAUAUGAUGUUUCUACAAUCUUCAACAAAGAUAAAAAAAAUAAAUAGCCCUUUGACACAAUAUAAAAUGUAUUCUUCGAACCAGGAUAUAUAUUUUUUUCUUUUUAAAAUGCAGUUUACUGCUACAAAUCAUGAAGGAAUGAAAAAAUAAAUACGCCUUUAUCUAAAGAAAUGUGAGAAGAAAGGAUCCUCCAGCAGCCUAAAUGUCAGUGUUUUAAUGUGGUCAUUUUUAUCUGUUCUUGUUAAUUGAUAUUUCCUAUUGCCUCUCCUGGAGACUCUUUCAGUGUGUAAAUACUGUACAGCUGCCUCAUUCUCGAACUGGCAGUGGCUCUUCUGUACAUGAAAUUCCUGUAUUUGACAAAAGGGAAAUAAAACUGAUCAAAAUGACAAACGUGAUGAAAAA